AUAUUUUUCUCUACAAUUAGUACAGUCACUUUCAAAAUCUACUGAAAUCAAUAUGUAGAAAUGUUUGAAAUACAAAAACAUUCAAUUGAUAGUGUUUUAAAAAAUCAUAAAUAUAAAUGUUAUCAGUGAUCGGAAAAAUAUUACAUACGUAUUGAUGUUCUCGAAUGUUAUAUUGAAGCGUAUAACCAUGCAGUGAUUGAAAAAAAUGGAUGUUAAGUGAAUCGAUUCGGUAGUAAACCUGAGAACAGUCUAAAAACUUUGAACGGUGCAAAAUUGUUCCUCUGUUGCAACAAUUAAUGUAACAAUAAUAUGGCUGGCAAUUUUUGGCAAAGUUCACAUCAUCAACAAUGGCUUCUAGAUAAACAAGACCUUGUUCGAGAACGACAACAUGAUCUUUCUAUUUUAACAGAAGAAGAAUAUCAAAAACUAUUUAUCUUUUUCUCAAACUUGAUUCAAGUACUAGGUGAACAAUUAAAACUUAGACAACAAGUUAUUGCUACAGCAACUGUUUAUUUUAAAAGAUUCUAUGCGCGUAAUAGCUUAAAAUGUAUAGAUCCCUUAUUAUUAGCACCUACAUCAGUUUUUUUAGCAUCCAAAGUAGAGGAAUUUGGAGUUAUUUCUAAUACCAGGUUAAUUACAACUUGUCAAACUGUAGUAAAGAAUAAAUUUAAUUAUGCAUAUUCUCAAGAAUUUCCAUAUCGUACAAAUCAUAUUUUGGAAUGUGAAUUUUAUCUUAUGGAACACUUAGAUUGUUGUUUAAUUGUAUAUCAACCAUAUCGUCCAUUACUGACACUCAUUCAAGAUGUGGGUCCAGAUGAUCAGUUAUUAACACUUACUUGGCGUAUAAUUAAUGAUAGUUUACGAACAGAUGUUUGUCUUCUAUAUCCUCCAUAUCAAAUAGCAAUUGGAUGCUUACAAAUAGCUUGUGUCAUACUACAAAAGGAUGUAAAGUCAUGGUUUGCUGAACUGAAUGCAGACAUGGAAAAGAUUCAAGAAAUUGCUCGAUAUAUUAUUAAUUUAUAUGAACUAUGGAAAACGUAUGAUGAAAAGAAAGAAAUUCAGGGAUUAUUAAAUAAAAUGCCAAAACCAAAAGCUGCACCACAGCGCUGACAAGAAGAAACUUUGCCUUCUAAUAUUUGGAACUGAUAAUAACAUUUUUUGAAACAAGUGUGAACAAUUUAUUCAAAAUUAAAUAAACGAUAUAAUUUAAAAAUUC